CUCCGCUUGCCCCCUGGCCCGGAUGGUGACUGGCGGCGGCGCUGCACCUCCCGGGACUGUCACUGAGCCGCUUCCCAGUGUGAUUGUGCUGAGCGCAGGCCGGAAGAUGGCGGCUGCGGCUGCGGCGGCCUCGGGCCCGGGCUGCUCCUCGGCGGCGGCGGCGGCGGCGGCGGGGGCGGCCGGGGUCUCCGAGUGGCUGGUGCUGCGGGACGGCUGCAUGCGCUGCGACGCCGACGGGCUGCACAGCCUCUCCUACCACCCGGCGCUCAACGCCAUCCUGGCCGUCACCAGUCGCGGGACCAUCAAAGUCAUCGACGGCACCUCGGGGGCCACCCUGCAGGCCUCGGCGCUCAGCGCUAAACCAGGUGGACAGGUGAAAUGUCAGUAUAUAUCUGCGGUGGAUAAAGUUAUAUUUGUGGAUGAUUAUGCAGUAGGGUGUAGGAAGGACCUUAAUGGAAUCUUGUUGUUAGACACUGCUCUGCAAACGCCAGUUUCAAAGCAGGAUGAUGUGGUUCAGCUUGAAUUACCGGUUACAGAGGCACAACAGCUCUUAUCAGCAUGUUUAGAAAAGGUAGAUAUUUCUAGUACGGAGGGUUAUGAUUUGUUCAUCACACAGCUCAAAGAUGGUUUAAAAAAUACAUCUCAUGAGACUGCAGCCAACCACAAAGUUGCUAAGUGGGCCACGGUUACAUUUCAUCUUCCUCAUCACGUGUUGAAGUCCAUUGCCAGUGCCAUUGUGAAUGAACUCAAGAAAAUAAAUCAAAAUGUUGCUGCCUUACCUGUGGCAUCCUCAGUGAUGGACAGAUUGUCUUACCUCUUACCUAGUGCUCGUCCAGAACUUGGAGUGGGGCCAGGCCGUUCUGUGGACAGAUCGUUGAUGUAUAGUGAAGCUAACAGACGGGAGACAUUUACCUCAUGGCCUCAUGUAGGCUAUAGAUGGGCACAACCAGAUCCCAUGGCUCAAGCUGGAUUUUAUCAUCAGCCUGCCUCAUCUGGAGAUGAUAGAGCCAUGUGCUUUACUUGUAGUGUAUGUCUCGUUUGUUGGGAACCUACUGAUGAACCUUGGUCUGAACACGAGAGACACUCCCCGAACUGCCCAUUUGUGAAGGGUGAGCACACACAGAAUGUGCCGUUGUCCGUCACUCUCGCCACGAGUCCUGCACAGUUUCCCUGUACGGACGGAACUGAUAGAAUAUCUUGCUUUGGGUCAGGGAGCUGCCCUCACUUUCUCGCUGCCGCAACAAAACGAGGAAAGAUCUGCAUAUGGGAUGUUUCCAAACUUAUGAAGGUGCACUUAAAGUUUGAAAUUAAUGCAUAUGACCCAGCAAUUGUACAGCAGCUUAUUCUGUCGGGAGAACCAAGCUCAGCAGUUGAAUCAAGGAGACCAACUUUGGCGUGGCUGGAAGACUCCUCUAGCUGCUCAGACAUACCAAAAUUGGAAGGAGAUAGUGAUGAUUUACUGGAGGAUUCAGACAGCGAAGAGCAUUCCAGAUCAGAUUCUGUGACAGGGCAUACAUCACAGAAGGAAGCCAUGGAAGUGAGCCUUGAUAUAACAGCACUCAGCAUUCUCCAGCAGCCUGAAAAACUUCAGUGGGAGAUUGUGGCAAAUGUGCUUGAAGAUACUGUUAAGGAUCUUGAAGAACUUGGGGCAAAUCCUUGCUUAACAAACUCUAAGAGUGAAAAGACAAAGGAAAAGCACCAGGAACAACACAACAUUCCCUUUCCAUGUUUAUUAGCUGGAGGUUUAUUAACAUAUAAAUCUCCUGCUACCUCACCCAUUAGUAGUAAUUCUCACAGGUCACUGGAUGGUUUAAGCAGAACUCAGGGUGAAAGUAUAUCAGAACAAGGGUCAACUGACAAUGAAUCCUGCACUAAUUCAGAAUUGAAUUCUCCUCUGGUAAGGAGGACUUUACCCAUUUUGCUUCUUUAUAGCAUCAAGGAAUCUGAUGAGAAAGCAGGAAAAAUAUUUUCACAGAUGAACAAUAUAAUGAGCAAAAGUUUGCAUGAUGAUGGUUUUACAGUUCCACAGAUUAUUGAAAUGGAGCUGGAUAGUCAGGAGCAGUUAUUAUUGCAGGAUCCUCCUGUGACUUAUAUUCAGCAAUUUGCAGAUGCAGCAGCCAACCUUACCUCUCCAGAUUCUGAGAAGUGGAACUCUGUGUUUCCCAAGCCUGGAACUUUGGUUCAGUGCUUAAGGCUGCCAAAGUUUGCAGAGGAGGAGAAUCUUUGUAUAGACUCCCUAACUCCUUGUGCUGAUGGAAUUCAUUUGUUGGUAGGACUGCGGACAUGCCCUGUUGAAUCCUUGAGUGCAAUAAAUCAAGUAGAGGCCUUGAAUAAUUUAAAUAAAUUAAACUCUGCACUAUGUAAUAGACGGAAAGGUGAGCUGGAAUCAAAUCUUACUGUAGUGAAUGGUGCAAAUAUUAGUGUAAUCCAACAUGAAUCACCAGCAGAUGUACAAACUCCUUUGAUAAUUCAGCCUGAGCAGAGGAAUGUUAGUGGCGGAUAUUUAAUACUUUAUAAAAUGAAUUAUGCCACUCGGAUAGUGACUUUAGAAGAGGAGCCAAUAAAAAUCCAACAUAUCAAAGACCCCCAGGACACAAUUACCUCGCUCAUUUUGCUUCCACCAGAUAUAUUGGAUAAUCGAGAAGAUGACUGUGAGGAACCUAUUGAGGAAAUGCAGUUAACCUCAAAGAAUGGCAUUGAAAGCGAAAAAAAGGCUGAUAUUUCUACUCUUGGACACCUGGUAAUAACCACUCAGGGAGGAUAUGUAAAAAUACUAGAUCUUUCAAACUUUGAAAUUUUGGCCAAAGUGGAACCUCCCAAAAAGGAGGGCACUGAGGAACAGGAUACAUUUGUUUCUGUCAUUUACUGCUCGGGCACAGACAGGCUGUGUGCGUGCACCAAAGGUGGUGAGCUUCAUUUUCUCCAAAUUGGAGGAACUUGUGAUGAUAUUGAUGAAGCUGAUAUUCUAGUGGAUGGAUCUCUUUCUAAAGGGAUAGAACCAUCUUCCGAAGGUUCCAAACCUUUAUCAAAUCCUUCAAGUCCUGGCAUUUCAGGAGUUGAUUUAUUGGUGGACCAGCCAUUCACCCUUGACAUCUUGACAUCUCUAGUGGAGCUAACCCGCUUUGAGACUUUGACUCCACGGUUUUCAGCUACUGUUCCUCCAUGCUGGGUAGAAGUUCAACAAGAACAGCAGCAAAGGAGGCAUCCUCAACAUCUGCAUCAGCAACACCAUGGAGAUGCUGCUCAGCACACUAGAACUUGGAAACUACAGACUGACAGCAACAGCUGGGAUGAACAUGUGUUUGAAUUGGUUCUACCUAAAGCUUGUAUGGUUGGACAUGUGGACUUCAAAUUUGUAUUGAACUCAAACAUCACCAAUAUUCCACAGAUACAAGUGACACUGCUGAAAAAUAAAGCUCCAGGCUUAGGGAAAGUCAAUGAAACAGCAGUAGAUAGGCAGAUCACCUUUCCUUUGUCUCCAGCUCUUAACAUUGAAGUGGAACAAAAUGGGAAACCGUCCCUGGUUGAUUUGAAUGAAGAAAUGCAGCACAUGGAUGUAGAGGAAUCACAGUGUCUUAGAUUAUGUCCAUUUUUAGAAGAUCAUAAAGAAGACAUUCUCUGUGGACCAGUAUGGCUUGCUAGUGGCCUUGAUCUAUCAGGGCAUGCUGGGAUGUUGACAUUAACAAGCCCCAAACUUGUUAAAGGUAUGGCAGGAGGAAAAUAUCGUUCCUUUUUAAUCCAUGUCAAGGCAGUGAAUGAAAGAGGAACAGAUGAGAUCUGUAAUGGUGGUAUACGCCCCGUAGUAAGACUUCCAUCCCUAAAACACCAGAGUAACAAGGGUUAUUCACUUGCUUCACUCUUGGCAAAAGUUGCAGCAGGCAAGGAAAAAUCAUCUAAUGUUAAGAAUGAAAAUGCAACUGGUACCCGCAAAUCUGAGAACCUCCGGGGCUGUGACUUGCUGCAGGAGGUCUCAGUCACCAUUCGAAGAUUUAAGAAAACUUCAAUUUCUAAGGAAAGAGUGCAGCGAUGUGCUAUGUUACAGUUUUCAGAAUUUCAUGAGAAGCUUCUUAACACUCUUUGUAGAAAAGCAGAUGAUGGCCAAAUCACAGAACAUGCCCAGAGCCUUGUGUUGGAUACCCUUUGUUGGUUAGCUGGAGUACAUUCAAAUGGACCUGGAAGCUCCAAAGAAGGAAAUGAGAGCCUGCUUUCAAAAACACGAAAAUGUCUUUCAGACAUCGUGCGUGUUUGCUUCUUUGAGGCAGGACGAAGCAUAGCCCAUAAGUGUGCCCGAUUUCUAGCCUUGUGCAUUAGUAAUGGCAAAUGUGAUCCAUGCCAACCAGGAUUUGGAUCUGUUCUGUUGAAGGCCUUACUUGAUAAUAUGUCAUUUUUACCUGCAGCGGCAACUGGUGGUUCUGUGUAUUGGUAUUUUGUCUUACUGAAUUAUGUUAAAGAUGAAGAUUUGGCUGGGUGUAGUACAGCGUGUGCAUCUUUGCUUACUGCUGUGUCCAAACAGUUACAGGACAGGCUAACACCAAUGGAAGCUUUACUUCAAACAAGAUAUGGACUGUAUAGCUCACCGUUUGAUCCAGUCCUUUUUGAUUUGGAGAUGAGUGGUUCUUCUUGUAAAAAUGUAUACAACAGCAGCAUUGGUGUCCAGUCAGAUGAAAUUGAUUUGUCAGAUGUCCUUUCAGGAAAUGGAAAAGUCAGUAGUUGCACAGCUGCUGAAGGUAGCUUCACAUCUCUCACUGGACUUCUGGAAGUUGAACCCCUGCACUUUACUUGUGUGUCAACUAGUGAUGGCACCAGAAUAGAAAGGGAUGAUGCAAUUGGAAUUAAUAGCUGUUUCAUUGGUGGACCAUUAGAUGAAGUGGAUGGAUUUCAUUUUGGGGCACAUAGCUUAUUGAGUUCCUUCGGGGUUACUCCUGCAGUAGGUGGACUGUCAUCGGGGACAGUUGGGGAAGCUUCGACAGCCCUGAGUUCAGCAGCCCAGGUAGCUUUGCAGUCUCUCUCUCAUGCAAUGGCGUCAGCCGAGCAACAGCUGCAGGUGCUGCAAGAGAAACAGCAGCAGCUUUUGAAGCUUCAGCAACAGAAAGCAAAGCUGGAAGCCAAGUUACAUCAGACGACAGCUGCAGCAGCUGCUGCGGCAUCGGCAGCCUCAGCAGUAGGUCCUGUUCACAACUCUGUGCCUUCCAACCCAGCGGCAGCCCCCGGCUUCUUCAUCCACCCAUCUGAUGUUAUUCCACCCACUCCAAAAACAACACCACUUUUUAUGACUCCACCACUCACCCCACCCAAUGAAGCAGUUUCUGUUGUGAUUAAUGCCGAACUUGCACAGCUUUUCCCAGGCUCAGUUAUUGAUCCCCCAACAGUCAAUCUUGCUGCACAUAACAAAAAUUCCAACAAGUCCAGAAUGAAUCCACUUGGUUCUGGUCUAGCUCUUGCAAUUUCUCAUGCUUCACAUUUUCUUCAACCUCCACCCCACCAGUCCAUUAUUAUAGAGCGAAUGCAUUCAGGAGCAAGGAGAUUUGUGACCUUGGAUUUUGGCAGACCAAUACUGUUGACAGAUGUAUUGAUUCCCACUUGUGGAGACUUGGCUUCCUUAUCAAUUGACAUUUGGACAUUAGGAGAAGAGGUGGAUGGGAGGCGACUGGUAGUGGCAACUGAUAUAAGCACCCAUUCACUAAUUCUGCAUGAUUUGAUACCACCGCCUGUGUGCAGAUUCAUGAAGAUCACUGUCAUUGGGCGUUAUGGAAGUACAAAUGCCCGAGCCAAAAUCCCACUAGGAUUUUACUACGGUCAUACAUAUAUCUUGCCUUGGGAAAGCGAACUGAAGUUAAUGCAUGAUCCUUUAAGGGGAGAGGGUGAAUCUGCAAACCAACCAGAAAUUGACCAGCAUUUAGCAAUGAUGGUUGCUCUACAAGAGGAUAUACAGUGCAGAUAUAACUUAGCUUGUCAUCGACUAGAAACUCUUCUGCAAAGUAUUGAUCUUCCUCCUCUCAACAGUGCUAACAACGCACAGUAUUUUUUGCGAAAACCAGACAAAGCAGUUGAGGAAGACAGUAGAGUUUUUUCUGCCUAUCAAGACUGCAUUCAGCUACAGCUUCAACUGAAUUUGGCUCAUAAUGCAGUGCAGAGGCUCAAAGUAGCUCUUGGUGCAAGUCGGAAGACGUUAAGUGAAACAUCAGAUCCAAAAGAUUUAAUUCAGACGUCUUCCACAGAGCAGUUGCGUACCAUCAUCAGAUAUUUAUUGGACACUUUGCUCAGUCUCCUUCACUCUUCCAAUGGACACUCUGUUCCUGCAGUUUUGCAGAGCACAUUUCAUGCCCAGGCCUGUGAAGAGCUUUUUAAACACUUGUGCAUCAGUGGAACCCCAAAGAUACGGUUGCAUACUGGUCUUCUACUUGUUCAACUCUGUGGUGGUGAAAGAUGGUGGGGUCAGUUUCUUUCUAAUGUUCUUCAGGAAUUGUACAAUUCAGAGCAGCUUCUCAUCUUUCCACAAGAUAGGGUCUUCAUGCUACUUUCCUGCAUUGGUCAAAGAUCACUUAGUAAUAGUGGAGUAUUAGAAAGCUUGCUUAAUCUUUUGGAUAAUUUAUUGUCACCUCUUCAGCCACAGUUACCCAUGCAUAGGAGAACUGAAGGAGUAUUAGAUAUUCCCAUGAUCAGUUGGGUCGUCAUGCUGGUGUCCAGGUUGCUGGAUUAUGUGGCCACUGUUGAAGACGAAGCAGCAGCUGCAAAGAAGCCUCUGAAUGGUAAAGACAGGGAGAGGUUUCUGACAGGUAACCAGUGGAGUUUUAUUAACAAUAAUCUGCACACUCAGAGCAUAAAUAGGUCUUCCAAAGGCAGCAGUAGCCUUGAUAGAUUGUAUUCCCGAAAAAUUAGAAAGCAGCUAGUUCAUCAUAAACAGCAACUUAACCUAUUAAAAGCUAAACAGAAAGCUUUGGUGGAACAGAUGGAAAAAGAAAAAAUACAAAGUAACAAAGGAUCAUCAUAUAAACUUCUGGUAGAGCAAGCAAAACUAAAGCAGGCUACUUCAAAGCAUUUCAAAGAUUUAAUUCGGUUACGUCGGACAGCAGAAUGGUCCCGUUCUAAUUUAGACACAGAAGUUACAACGACAAAAGAAAGUCCAGAGAUAGAACCACUUCCAUUUACCCUGGCCCAUGAACGUUGUAUUUCAGUUGUGCAGAAACUUAUUCUAUUUCUCCUCUCCAUGGAUUUUACAUGUCAUGCAGAUCUCUUACUGUUUGUUUGUAAGGUUCUUGCACGCAUUGCAAAUGCCACGAGGCCAACUAUACAUCUGUGUGAGAUUGUGAAUGAACCUCAACUGGAAAGACUACUAUUACUUUUGGUUGGAACUGACUUCAAUAGAGGAGAUAUAUCUUGGGGUGGUGCUUGGGCUCAGUAUUCCUUAACUUGUAUGCUACAGGAUAUAUUAGCAGGAGAGUUGCUGGCUCCGGUAGCUGCAGAAGCCAUGGAGGAGGGAGCAGUAAGUGAUGAUGUAGCUGCAACAGCCGGUGACUCUGAUGAUUCCCUGCAGCAGUCUUCAGUUCAGUUGCUAGAAACUAUAGAUGAACCUUUGACACAUGAUAUAACGGGUGCACCUCCUCUUACUUCUUUGGAAAAAGAUAAAGAAAUUGAUCUUGAGCUACUUCAAGAUCUAAUGGAAGUUGACAUUGAUCCUUUAGAUAUUGAUUUGGAAAAAGAUCCUCUUGCAGCCAAAGUUUUUAAGCCAAUAAGCAGUACAUGGUAUGAUUAUUGGGGUGCUGAUUAUGGCACCUACAAUUACAACCCUUACAUUGGAGGUCUUGGAAUUCCUGUAGCAAAGCCACCUGCGAACACAGAGAAGAAUGGAUCACAGACAGUUAGUGUUUCUGUAUCUCAGGCCCUAGAUGCUCGCCUAGAAGUUGGACUUGAACAGCAAGCAGAACUUAUGUUGAAAAUGAUGUCUACCUUGGAAGCAGAUUCCAUUUUACAGGCAUUAACAAAUACAUCUCCUACAUUAUCACAGUCUCCCACUGGAACAGAUGAUUCACUUCUAGGGGGUUUACAAGCAGCGAACCAAUCCAACCAGCUUAUUAUACAGUUAUCAUCUGUCCCAAUGUUAAAUGUUUGUUUCAACAAACUUUUUUCCAUGCUUCAAGUCCAUCAUGUUCAGUUGGAAUCACUUCUCCAGUUGUGGCUCACAUUGAGCCUGAAUUCUAGUUCAUCUGGAAACAAAGAAAAUGGAGCAGACAUUUUUUUAUAUAAUGCUAAUCGAAUACCUGUCAUUUCAUUAAAUCAGGCAUCAAUAACUAGCUUUCUCACCGUGUUAGCUUGGUAUCCCAACACUUUGCUCCGGACAUGGUGCCUUGUGCUUCAUAGUCUAACACUCAUGACAAAUAUGCAGCUUAAUUCUGGUUCGAGCAGUGCCAUUGGAACUCAGGAGAGUACUGCCCAUCUGCUGGUUUCAGAUCCAAACCUGAUUCAUGUAUUAGUGAAAUUUCUUUCUGGCACCAGUCCACAUGGAACAAAUCAACAUAGUCCACAGGUUGGUCCAACAGCUACACAAGCUAUGCAAGAAUUUCUUACCCGAUUACAAGUGCAUCUUUCUUCAACAUGUCCUCAGAUAUUCAGUGAAUUUUUGCUCAAGCUGAUUCAUAUACUUUCUACAGAAAGGGGUGCUUUCCAGACAGGCCAAGGACCUCUUGAUGCCCAAGUAAAGCUCUUAGAAUUUACUCUGGAACAGAAUUUUGAAGUUGUUUCCGUUAGUACUAUUUCUGCUGUAAUCGAGUCUGUCACCUUUUUAGUGCACCACUAUAUCACUUGCUCAGACAAAGUAAUGUCUCGAAGUGGAUCUGAUAGCUCGGUGGGUGCUCGAGCUUGCUUUGGGGGACUCUUUGCCAACCUCAUUCGUCCAGGUGAUGCAAAAGCCGUUUGUGGAGAAAUGACAAGAGAUCAACUUAUGUUCGAUUUGUUAAAACUGGUUAACAUUUUAGUACAGCUGCCUCUUUCAGACAAUAGAGAAUACAGUGCAAGAGUGUCUGUGACCACCAAUACAACAGACAGUGUUUCAGAUGAAGAAAAAGUCUCAGGAAGCAAAGAUAGUAAUGGAAGCAGUGGUAGUAUUCAAGGAUCACCUGCAUAUAUUGCUGACUUAGUGUUAGCCAACCAGCAGAUUAUGAGCCAAAUUUUGUCUGCUCUGGGCCUGUGUAAUAGCAGUGCCAUGGCGAUGAUAAUUGGAGCAAGUGGACUACAUCUUACCAAACAUGAGAACUUUCAUGGUGGGUUAGAUGCCAUAUCGGUUGGGGAUGGAUUAUUUACCAUACUGACAACUCUCAGUAAAAAAGCUUCUACAGUCCACAUGAUGCUGCAGCCAAUUUUAACCUACAUGGCCUGUGGAUAUAUGGGCAGACAAGGCUCUCUUGCUACUUGCCAGUUAUCUGAACCAUUACUGUGGUUUAUUUUGAGAGUAUUGGAUACUAGUGAUGCCUUGAAAGCAUUCCAUGAUAUGGGUGGCGUUCAGCUCAUUUGCAACAAUAUGGUUACUAGUACAAGGGCUAUUGUAAACACUGCAAGAAGUAUGGUAUCAACUAUUAUGAAAUUUCUUGACUCUGGUCCAAAUAAAGCUGUUGAUAGCACUUUGAAAACAAGAAUACUAGCUUCUGAGCCUGACAAUGCAGAAGGGAUUCAUAACUUUGCACCUCUGGGUACAAUUACAUCUAGCAGUCCUACUGCCCAACCAGCUGAGGUGCUUUUACAGGCCACGCCACCCCAUAGAAGAGCUCGUUCUGCUGCUUGGUCCUACAUCUUUCUGCCAGAGGAGGCUUGGUGUGACCUUACCAUUCACCUUCCUGCAGCAGUGCUUCUGAAAGAAAUACAUAUCCAACCUCACCUUGCAUCUCUUGCAACCUGCCCAUCAUCAGUGUCUGUUGAAGUGAGUGCAGAUGGGGUAAACAUGCUACCUUUGUCCACUCCCGUUGUUACAAGUGGUCUCACCUACAUAAAAAUUCAGCUGGUAAAAGCUGAAGUAGCUUCUGCUGUCUGCCUUAGACUUCAUCGCCCACGAGAUGCCAGCACAUUAGGCCUUUCACAAAUUAAAUUACUGGGCCUCACUGCUUUUGGUACCACUUCUUCAGCGACAGUUAAUAAUCCCUUUCUUCCAUCUGAAGAUCAGGUAUCCAAAACAAGUAUCGGUUGGUUACGGUUAUUACAUCAUUGCCUUACUCACAUCAGUGAUCUGGAAGGAAUGAUGGCCAGUGCAGCUGCACCUACUGCUAAUCUACUACAGACUUGUGCUGCCUUAUUGAUGUCCCCAUACUGUGGAAUGCAUUCUCCUAACAUUGAGGUUGUACUUGUAAAGAUUGGACUGCAAUCCACAAGAAUUGGCCUGAAACUUAUAGACAUUCUUCUGAGAAACUGUGCAGCAUCAGGCAGUGAUCCUACAGAUUUGAACAGCCCUUUACUUUUUGGAAGACUGAAUGGACUCUCUUCCGAUUCUACGAUAGAUAUUCUUUACCAGCUUGGAACAACUCAGGAUCCUGGAACAAAGGACAGAAUCCAGGCCUUAUUAAAAUGGGUCAGUGAUUCUGCAAGAGUGGCUGCUUUGAGAAGAAGUGGCAGGAUGAGCUACAUGUGCCCUAACUCUUCAACAGUAGAGUAUGGUCUUCUUAUGCCAUCUCCUUCUCAUCUUCAUUGUGUGGCAGCAAUUCUGUGGCAUAGUUAUGAACUGCUUGUAGAGUAUGAUUUACCAGCACUGCUGGACCGAGAGCUCUUUGAGUUGCUUUUUAAUUGGUCCAUGUCUCUUCCCUGCAAUAUGGUUUUGAAGAAAGCUGUUGACAGUCUGCUUUGCUCCAUGUGUCAUAUACACCCAAGUUAUUUUUCUUUGCUCAUGGGCUGGAUGGGUAUUACCCCCCCUCCAAUGCAGUGUCACCACAGACUGUCCAUGACUGAUGAUAGCAAAAAGCAAGAUCUUACUUCAUCCUUAACAGAUGACUCUAAAAAUGCACAAGCACCUCUCGCACUAACUGAAUCCCAUUUGGCAACCCUUGCGUCCUCUUCUCAAUCUCCAGAAGCUAUCAAACAAUUAUUGGACUCAGGUUUGCCUUCUCUUCUUGUGAGGAGUCUGGCUAGUUUUUGCUUUAGUCACAUUUCUUACUCAGAAAGCAUUGCUCAGUCAAUAGAUACUUCUCAGGACAAGCUCAGGCGGCAUCAUGUUGCACAGCAAUGUAAUAAGAUGCCUAUCACAGCAGACCUGAUUGCUCCUAUUCUUAGGUUUUUGACAGAAGUUGGCAGUAGCCAUGUUAUGAAAGACUGGCUUGGUGGGUCUGAAGUCAAUCCACUAUGGACAGCACUUCUGUUUUUAUUGUGUCACUCUGGGUCCACUUCUGGAGGACAUCAUUUAGGUGCACAACAGACUAGUGCAAGAUCAGCGUCUCUCUCUUCAGCUGCUCCAACAGGAUUGACUACUCAACAGAGGACAGCAAUUGAGAAUGCGACUGUUGCAUUCUUUCUGCAGUGCAUUUCAUGCCAUCCUAAUAACCAAAAACUGAUGGCCCAGGUUCUCUGUGAACUUUUUCAGACAUCUCCUCAAAGAGGGAACCUUCCAACAUCAGGGAACAUUUCAGGGUUUAUACGUAGAUUAUUUUUGCAGUUGAUGCUGGAGGAUGAGAAAGUGACAAUGUUUCUUCAGUCUCCUUGUCCACUCUAUAAAGGUAGAAUUAAUGCCACAAGCCAUGUCAUCCAGCAUCCAAUGUAUGGAGCAGGCCAUAAGUUCCGAACACUUCAUCUGCCAGUCUCAACAACAUUAUCAGAAGUUCUUGACAGAGUGUCAGAUACACCAAGUAUCACUGCUAAACUAAUUAGUGAACAGAAGGAUGACAAAGAAAAGAAAAACCAUGAAGAGAAAGAAAAAGUUAAGGCAGAAAAUGGAUUUCAGGACAAUUACAGUGUUGUUGUUGCUUCAGGGCUGAAAUCCCAGUCUAAACGGGCUGUGUCAGCUACACCACCUCGUCCACCAUCCAGGAGAGGGAGAACAAUGCCUGAUAAAAUCGGAAGUGCUUCUUCAGGAGCGGAGACUGCCAACAAAAUAAUUACUGUCCCAGUGUUUCACCUGUUCCACAAACUCUUGGCAGGCCAACCAUUGCCAGCAGAAAUGACACUUGCCCAACUUUUAACUCUCCUAUACGACCGAAAACUUCCUCAAGGUUACCGUUCAAUAGACCUGACUGUUAAAUUGGGAUCUAGAGUUAUCACAGACCCAAGUCUAUCAAAAACAGACUCUUUUAAAAGGUUACACCCUGAAAAAGAUCAUGGAGACUUACUUGGUAGCUGUCCAGAAGAUGAGGCUCUCACUCCAAGUGAUGAAUGUAUGGAUGGGAUAUUGGAUGAAUCUUUACUUGAAACCUGUCCCAUUCAGUCACCAUUACAAGUUUUUGCAGGAAUGGGUGGACUGGCUCUUAUUGCAGAAAGACUACCCAUGUUAUAUCCAGAAGUAAUUCAACAAGUGAGUGCUCCGGUAGUAACUUCAACCACUCAAGAAAAGCCAAAAGAUAGCGAUCAGUUUGAAUGGGUGACAAUUGAGCAAUCAGGGGAAUUAGUUUAUGAAGCACCAGAAACCAUUGCAGCUGAACCUCCACCUAUCAAAUCAGCAGUACAGACUAUGUCUCCCAUACCUGCCCAUUCUUUGGCUGCUUUUGGAUUAUUUCUUCGUCUUCCGGGCUAUGCUGAAGUGCUACUGAAAGAGAGAAAACACGCCCAGUGCCUUCUUCGACUGGUAUUGGGAGUGACAGAUGAUGGAGAAGGAAGUCAUAUUCUGCAGUCUCCAUCAGCCAAUGUGCUUCCAACUCUUCCUUUCCAUGUCCUUCGUAGCUUGUUUAGUACUACACCAUUGACAACUGAUGAUGGUGUGCUUCUCAGGCGGAUGGCAUUGGAAAUUGGAGCACUACACCUCAUUCUUGUCUGCCUCUCUGCUCUGAGCCACCAUGCCCCACGAGUACCAAACUCUAGUCUCAAUCAAGCAGAGCCACAGGUAUCAAGCACUCAUAACCCUACAUCAACAGAAGAACAGCAGCUGUAUUGGGCCAAAGGAACUGGCUUUGGAACAGGCUCUACAGCUUCUGGAUGGGAUGUGGAACAAGCUUUAACCAAACAGAGGCUGGAAGAAGAACAUGUUACCUGUCUUCUGCAGGUUCUUGCAAGUUAUAUAAAUCCUGUGAGUGGUGCAAUAAAUGGAGAGGCCCAGUCAUCUCAUGAGAGUCGAGUUCAGAACAGUAAUGCCCUUCCUUCUGUACUUCUAGAGCUGCUCAGCCAGUCUUGCCUCAUCCCAGCUAUGUCCUCUUAUCUUCGAAAUGAUUCAGUUCUUGACAUGGCAAGACAUGUGCCACUCUAUCGAGCUCUGCUGGAAUUGCUCCGGGCCAUUGCUUCUUGUACGUCCAUGGUGCCCCUACUGCUGCCUCUUUCUACAGAGAACGGUGAAGAGGAAGAGGAACAGUCAGAAUGUCAAACUUCUGUUGGUACAUUGUUAGCCAAAAUGAAGACCUGUGUUGAUACCUACACCAACCGUUUAAGAUCUAAAAGGGAAAAUGUUAAAACAGGAGUAAAACCAGAUGCAUCUGAUCAAGAACCAGAAGGACUGACACUGCUGGUACCAGACAUCCAGAAGACUGCCGAGAUCGUCCAUGCAGCCACUACCAGUUUGCGGCAGGCCAAUCAAGAAAAAAAACUAGGUGAAUAUUCAAAGAAGGUGGCUAUGAAACCCAAACCUUUAUCAGUAUUGAAAUCACUUGAAGAAAAAUAUGUGGCUGUUAUGAAGAAAUUACAGUUUGAUACAUUUGAGAUGGUUUCUGAGGAUGAAGAUGGGAAGUUGGGUUUUAAAGUAAAUUACCACUACAUGUCUCAGGUGAAAAAUGCAAAUGAUGCAAACAGUGCCGCCCGAGCCCGCCGCCUUGCCCAGGAAGCUGUGACACUGUCAACCUCACUGCCUCUUUCAUCCUCUUCCAGUGUGUUUGUGCGCUGUGAUGAGGAACGACUUGACAUUAUGAAGGUUCUGAUAACUGGUCCAGCGGACACCCCUUAUGCAAAUGGCUGCUUUGAGUUCGACGUAUAUUUUCCUCAAGAUUAUCCCAGUUCACCCCCUCUUGUGAAUCUAGAGACAACUGGUGGUCAUAGCGUGCGAUUCAAUCCAAACCUUUAUAAUGAUGGCAAGGUGUGUUUAAGUAUCUUAAAUACGUGGCAUGGAAGACCAGAAGAGAAGUGGAAUCCUCAGACCUCAAGCUUUUUGCAAGUGUUGGUGUCUGUUCAGUCCCUUAUAUUAGUAGCUGAGCCUUAUUUUAAUGAACCAGGAUAUGAACGGUCUAGAGGCACUCCCAGUGGCACACAGAGUUCUCGAGAAUACGAUGGAAACAUUAGACAAGCAACGGUUAAGUGGGCAAUGCUAGAACAAAUCAGAAACCCUUCACCAUGCUUUAAAGAGGUUAUACACAAACAUUUUUACUUGAAGAGAGUUGAGAUCAUGGCCCAGUGUGAGGAGUGGAUUGCAGACAUCCAGCAGUACAGCAGUGAUAAGCGGGUAGGCAGAACUAUGUCCCACCAUGCAGCAGCUCUCAAGCGUCACACUGCUCAGCUCCGGGAAGAGCUGCUAAAACUUUCCUGUCCCGAAGGCUUAGACCCUGAUGCUGAUGAUGCCUCGGAUAUGUGCAGUGCCCCAGCAGAUGCUGAGGAGACUCUAAUGCAUGAUCAGGUCAAACCAAGCAGCAGUAAAGAACUCCCCAGUGACUUCAAAUUAUGAGCUGCAUUGACAUGGACUUCAUAGACACAAAGGCUUUGAAGCACAAGCCAAAUAUGUCAAUAUUUGUAUGUAAGAAACUAAUUAUGUAAUAGUUAUUGAAACUGAAACUAUACUAUGCCCUUAAGGAGAUCCAGUUUAAUUCAAGGUGAUCUUUUAUUUACCUGUACAAGAGUGUAAACUUUUUUGUGCUUUUAUUUUUCAAUUGUGAGAACCACUGAUUGGUAUGUUCAACAAAUUUGUGUAUACAAAGAAAUGGAUAAAUCACUGAUAUAUAAGGGAAACUACCUUAGGAAAGAAUGUUUACUGAAUGUUUAUUUUAUUUUUUUUUUACUGUAGAGUGAGGGGUUGUUAACAAAGAAUAUAUAUUGGUCAUUCUUACAACUACUAUUUAAAGUCAGCAACUUUUCACUGAAUUUGAUAGAUUUUAUGUUUGGCCAUAUCUUCAUGCUCAUCUUUGAUUUCUGAAGACCUCCUACAUACACUUAAAUAAAAGUUAAAUGGACAUACUCCCUCUUUUUUGAUUUACUGGUACAUUUUUUAAAUGAAAAAUAUGCCAUAAAAUGCAUUAUAGCUGGAGACUUGCACUUGUAUGGAUGAAUUUAUUACAUUCAACGUAUUUAAUUUUAUGCCUUCUAAUUCUAAGAUGCAGAAAAAAUAAAUGAACAUGAUUUUAUUCUAUGCCAACA